AUGCAACCAUACACACCCAGAUCAAAUGUUAGAUCAGUGACAAUUGGAAUGAUAAAAGGGGCUAAACGGUCACUUGAUAUCGAGAUACCACUUUUUGAAACACACAGUGAAAGAGAAAGAUGCGAGUCUAUUGCUGAAUUGUAUUCAAUUAUAGUUGCUAUCAACAUAUUGGAGAAAGGCUAUAUUAGGGAUGAAUUUGUGGAUAACGAAGAGUACUAUACAAACACUACGAUGAGAUUUAUAAAACAGUUCUACUUGACUUUGGAGAACGAUGAGGUGAAGCAAGAAUUCAAGGAUAUCGAUAACUUUGUGAAAAAAUACCAGCUCAAUUGUCCGCUGGCGGUAAAGAGGCUCAAAUUACGAAUGCCUGCUACGAUUGAACAUUUGUCUAUUGUUGAGGAAGAGACGAAAGAGAUAUCAGACGAAAACAAGCAAGAUAAAGGUGAUGAGAACGAGAGUUCCAAGAGACCAACACAGAAAAAGGAGAUCAGCGCUGAUACUGAAAGUGCAGUACCUGAAGGUUAUAAAGGCAGAGCAAUAGCAGAAGCAACUGGGGCAUUUAUCACAAUGAUGGAUGCCAUUAAAUUGAGUUAUAAUACGAAAGAGCAGUUACAUCCUUUGCUCACGGAUAUUGUGACAGCAACAAACAAAGUUUUUGAUGAUUAUGAUUCAAGACCAAAGCUCGUGCAAUGGCUUAUUACUCUCAACGGAUUAAAGUUUGAUGAAGUUUUAAGUGAGAAUCAGCUGAAAGAACUACUUUGGGACGUUGAUAGCGCUUAUAAGGGAUUUUUUGCUAAGUUAGGAUGA